AGCUUCCUCCUGGGUGGUGGGGGGCAGGGCACCGUGUUGAGUUUCCUCCACAGAUGCCUGGUAUCUAGACAGAGCUCAGCAGCAAGGAAAUGUGAAGCUAGGACUGUUUACUUUCCUUAGUCUAUGUUUCUCAGAAACAUAGUGAAGUGAGCUGCACCAGGGACCUACAAAAUCUUCCAGACAGAGAAGUGAGCACAAGAGGACAUCUAAACAAGGUACUUGGACCUGUGAUGUGAAGAACCCUUAAAAAUGAGCAAGAGGACUGAUGCAAGACAGAUGAAGACAGACGGAGAACUCACAGAAAACAUUGGGCUUCCCCUGAAACUGCUUGAAAAACAUGACCCUUGGUCAGCCUAUGUCACAUAUACCUCCCCGAUGGUGAGAAGACUCAUUGAGAAAAGCAAAGCUAGAGAGCUGGAAUGCAUGAAAACUCUUGAGGAAAGUGGAUGGACACUGAAGCAGAACAAGUCUUCCAGCAUCAUCCAGCUGAGAAGGAGAAAGUCAUCCACGACAUCCAGCAACAUGGUGUUCGAGGACACGAAGCCCAUGUUAUCAGUGUGGGAUGCUUUCUCUGUGCUGGCCCCGGGGCACAUUGUUUUCCCAGAGCCUGUACACUUGCAAACGGAUUCCAGAGACUGUCCCACCGCAAACUAUAACAAGAUCAUCUUCUCUCGAAAACCUGUAAUGAGGAUGCUUCCAUAUAGCUCACUUCUGCCCAGCAAGGAAAAACAUUCGAAUGUUUUGCAAGGAGUCCCUGCAGACAUCCUCUGAGAUUGUACAGCAAUUAAGCUCCAUUUGCCACACAUUUCACUAUGUCCUUUAAAUUUGAACUUUCCCCUGCUCGUGUAGAGAUUGGCUGAGAUAAACCAGAUCAGAAUUUGGACUGUGGGUGGGUGGGUACAUCCCCUCCAGCAUCUCAAUCAGAUGGAAGCCCCAGGCUCUAGUUCCCACCAUAGAUGCUAAGGACCUAACUAGUCCGGGUCCAGGCAGGAGACAGAAGUCAUACCAGUUAUAUUACCAGAGAUAAUUUAAUAUAAAGAAUUAUUAACCAGGUAACUGCAAAGGCAGGAAGAGAACAUGAAGUUAUCAAUGGAGGUAGCACCGCAAGAAGCAGUUAUCACCUCCAAGGCUGGGGGAACAAAGGGAAGAUAUUGGACUUACUGAAAGUUAGACCCUUGGAGAAGGGGCAUGUGGGCUGAAUCUCAGAUUUCUGUGGUGGGGGAGUGGGGAUGUUCCUCAGCUGGGGCUGGUGUCUAUGAGCUCAGAGGAGAGCCUCUGUGGGGAUGGUACCUCUGCCCCUGAGGAGGAGAAGCUGUUUUGGCUGAGGUUGGUUCUGUGAGUUUUGGGAAAACCAAAAAUUGGACUCGAAUGCUUCUGGAAGGAACUGGCACUGCCUGAGUGAACAAGAAGCGUUGCUAGGGGAAAGAGACAGGGAUAGGAAACCAACAGAAAUAAGCAGGAAGCAAACCAGGAAGUUCCUUCCUCCUCCUCUAGCCUGGUAGGCUCCCUCUAGCGCCCCAUGGGGAGAGUCUAUCAGGGUGGAAAGCAGGAAUGUGGUCUGCAGAAUCCCAACCCCAGCAUCUCAAAGUAUAGAACAAAAGGAUGGACUUGAAGCCAAGAGAAAACUACCUUAAUAACCAGAAUGGCAGGGUUCCCAGUGAUUCCCACCUUGCUGUUCCACUUGGCAUCUGAACCUCGUAUUGAGAUGUUUUUGCUUUGGAGGUUUUACAAAGUGGCAGUAGGGACCUAGGUGUCCCCUGCUGAGAAAUGAAGGAUUUUCUCCCCUAAUACUUCUUUAAGUCUUACCUAGUGGGGUGGAGUUGGUGGAGGAGAAAUUCCUCCUUAUGGGACCCCAGUUAUUAUUUGUCAGGUUACAGCUAGAACUGGUCCACUCAUUCUCUGAGCUCUUCCUAAUUGGCCCCAAAGCAAGGAACACUAACCUCAACUCAGUCUCAAAGCAAACAGGCUUUGUCUUUAGACAUAAGGGGAUCUUGUUAUCAUGGGCAUACCCAGCUGGUCUCAGAUUUGGGGUUUAUCCUCUAAGCAUAGUUCCAUUGGUGGCUUUUCUUUUCUUUGAUCUCACCUGAGUUUCUGUGUUUAUAUUUCUGAAGCAGUUAAUAUCCAUCCUGCUUCCCUCACAGAGACUUAGAGGAUGCAAUGUAGUACUUGCUAUAAAUACCAUUUGAGAAAAUAGAAUUUGCCCUACAAAUGCAUUCUCUCCAUCCCAGAGUGUCGUGGAAACUUUCGUACUCAAGUCUGGCUGCUGUGCGUUGUGUCGAGACAGCUGCACAGAUGAGGAACUCCAGACCCAUUGCUGGGUUCUCAGCUCUUGGCCAGAAUAAAUUCUUGAAAAAGGAUAGGUGGUUUUCAGUGAAUCUGAAUAGCUGUAUUCUGUGUUCAGGGAGCAUUUAUAGACAUGGAGGCAGAUGAUAAAUUCCUCCAACAAGAAUUUUUAUCUCUUCUAUCCUUUUAUGGGAUUUUAUCGCCAGAGUGGAUUUAGGAAGCUAUGGAUUAUAGAGCCUCUUUGAGUGUUAGAAUUUCUAGGGAUCUGGCAUUAUUGCUUUGAGGGCACAGCAGUCACACCGUUUUUUAAAAAAUAUUUUUUCUAGGUGCUUAGUAGCUUUUAUGAAAGUAUGUAAUUUCUAAAUUUAAAUAAAGGUUUUUAUAAAUAGCAUUGUUUAGAUUAAUUUCUCAGUCUAUUAUAACAAGACA